AAUGAAUUAUCCUGAAACUAAGUAGUAUAGAAGAUUAACAUUUUGGAAAUGCAUGGCUGUGACCACAUUUUCAUAUGCUGUUAGUAAAACAGCCACUGCUCCUUUAGAAAGAGUCAAAUUGAUUUUGUAAGUGAGUCCCAUUCUUAAAUGUGAAGACAAGAUUGAUAGAACAUGGUCAGGAAUCAAAUAAAUCUACAAAACUUAAGGUUUAUACUCUUUUUGGAGAGGCAAUGGUCUAAAUGUAAUUAAGACUAUUCCUAAUGCUGCAAUACGUUUUACUGUUUAUGAUAAAUUCAAAUAAUAUGUUUCUGAAUAUCGACAAAAAGAAAAUGUAAAUAUGUUAUCAAUUUAUAAUGUAGUAUACUAGAUAAGUGACAAAUAGAUUGGUGGCAGGAUUUUGUACAGGUCUACUUAAUCAACUUAUACAUUAUCCCCUUGAAGUCUUGCGUGUUAAAUUGACUGUUGAUAUGAGUCAUUUCAACAAAGCUCGUUUAUACACAGGCAUCUUUGAUUGUCUUAAGAAGACUCUCAAAACAUAAGGAUUUUCAGCUUUGUAUCAGGGAUUCAUUUUAUCCUCUUGUGGCACUAUACCAUACUUAGGAAUUAGUUUUCUUGUUCAUGAUGAAUUAAAAGAUCAUAUACCAAUAGAAAAUAAAUCUGAUUAGAUUUGGAUUUAAUUGGCAUAAUUUAUUGGAAUUGGAUCUAUUUCAACUUUGACUGCAACUGCACUCACAUAUCCAAUUGAUACUAUACGUAGAAGAAUUUAAAUUAAUGGAUCUUUGGGAGCUUAAAGAGCAUAUGUUUCAUUUUCUGAUUGUGUGAAAAAGAUGAGAAAAGAAGGAUUGUUGUCUUAUUAUAGAGGAUUUUGGAUAACACUUAUUAGAGUAGUUCCAGCAGCUACCAUUUAAUUUGGUUGUUUUGAUUAUUUAAGAGAGUUAUCAACAUGAGUU